AUGUCAGGUGCUGUUAAGGUGAUUCCAAAUGAUGAGUCUCAGCGAGAAAAUUGCACAACGUCAUCUGAACCAGUUUCGUUUGUGGAAAAGUCUGAGAGUAUUUACUCUUCAUGUGUUCCACAGCCUGUUCCACCGAAACUUCCUGUUAAUAAGUUGUAUGGAAUUCGAGGUAUAAUUGGAAUCUGUCUAUUGUUGUUUUCUGCGUACAUUGGCUCUAUCUUCUUUUUGGCUCCAUUACUACCGUUGGCUGUUCUGUCGCCUGUUGUAUUUCGCUAUUUUAGUGACUUUCUUUUAACAUCGUGGCUGAUGCUUGCUGAAUUUGUAAUACUCAAAAUUCUUGGUUGUCGUAUCCGUCAUUUUGGUGACCGAGUUAUACCACCCACCACUACUGAACCCCAUAGCUGUCUCUUUCUGAUCAAUCACCGGACGCAAUUAGAUUGGUUCUUCGUGUGGGGUUUAGGUGAUCCAAUUCAGCGUAUGAAAAUAAUUCUUAAGGAUUCUCUUGCGAAAGUUCCAGGUGCUGGUUGGGCAAUGCAAUGUGGUAGCUUUAUAUUCCUACGCCGGCGUAUUGCAACAGAUCAACAGCGAUUACAAAAAAUUGUAGAAUAUUUACUCAAAGUUAAACAGAGUUGUCAAUUGUUAAUCUUUCCUGAGGGCACAAAUUUGAGCAGUACUUCGUUGGAGAGAAGUGACAGUUACGCGAAGCAAAAUAACUUACCAUGUGUUCGUUAUACACUUCAUCCUAGAAGUACUGGAUUCUUGCAUUUAGUGAAAUUGAUUGGCUUAGAUCAUCUAACUGAAGUAUAUGAUGUCACAGUAGCCUAUCCAGAUAUUUUACCGUCACCGGAAAUUAAUCUAAUUUAUGGACAUAUUCCACAUGAAGUGCAUUAUCUUGUUCGCCGUUUCUAUUUAAGUGAUUUACUGGACAUCAAAAAUGAUAAUCGAAAAUUAGACGACGAAACAAAUGAUAAAUUGUCGAAAUGGUUACAAAAUCGUUGGUUAGAAAAAGAAAAUAUUUUGAAAGAAUAUUAUGAUAAUCCUAUUGGCAAACGCUCAUUUCAAAAUGAAAUAACACCUGAUAGUCUAGUAUUCUAUGUGAAUUCGUCAGAUAAUAUAAUGUUCACUUAUUUGGGUUUAUUCAACACUGGAUUUUGGUUUCUAUCCAUGUUCAGCUUAGUGUAUCUGAUUUAUACUACAUUCUAUAUUCAGAUUUAUUUUAUCACAAUUCAGUUGUUGUUUACUUAUUUCACUUAUUACACAAAUGGUGUUAAUAUAUGGGCCACUAAAUGGAUUAGUAAUUCCGUUAAAGGUGAAUACAACGAGAUCAAUGAUACUACUUUUAAUGCUACUACUGCUAAUAAUAGUCAUGAUAUUAAACAUGAUGAUGUUGAUAGUAAUGCCAAUAAUGUCUUCAUGCAUUCAGUUCAAUAUGAAGGUGUUGAUCAGAAUAGAAAAGCUACUUAAAAUCACAUUGUUCUUGCACUAUAAACACAAAGUAUAGAUAAUGUGAAUCCAAUAUGUCGAGCUGUUUUGUUUGUUGUUGUUUUUUCUUUCUGAAAGAAAUAACUACUCAUUGAAUUCAUCUUCACAUUCAUACUACUUGUUCUGCCUAAUUUUCGUCUCUUUCUCCAUCGUUUGUCU